GCCGCCGCCGCCGCCGCGGGGCUCGGAGCCGCGGGCCGGGUGGCGGCCCUGAGGACGAGUGGCGGGCCGAAACGCCACCGCGGAGCCGAGGCGGAGCCGCUGUCCUCGUCCCCAGCGGUCCCGCCCAACGCCAGACUCUGCUAGUGAUAUGCAGUGUGACAAUUUCUCAUGGUGCUGGGCAGAAGCAGUGAACCGCACCUCCCAAUCAGCCAGAUGAUCAGGAGGGUAAAUGACUAUAUUCUACAGUAUGCUGUGUUGUCAGGUGAUUCUGCCCAACUGUAUGCUAAUGUGACACAACUAAAAAAACAAAAUCAAAAAACCACAGUAUUUAUGGAAUUCCAAUGAGUGGUAAUGGAUGAUGCAGUUCAAAUAACUAAGAUAAGCAUGGAUUCCUGGUUCAUUCUUGUUCUGCUUGGCAGUGGUCUGAUACGUGUCAGUGCCAACAAUGCUACCACAGUUGCACCUUCUGUAGGAAUUACAAGAUUAGUUAACACAUCAACGGCAAAACCAGUUAAAGAAGAGGCCAAAACUUCAAAUCCAACUUCUUCACUACCUUCUCUUUCUGUGACACCAACGUUCAGCCCAAAUAUAACUCUGGGACCCACCUAUUUAACCACUGCCAAUUCUUCAGACUCUGACAAUGGGACCACAAGAACAGCAAGCACUAAUUCUAUAGGCACUACAAUUUCACCAAAUGGAACGUGGCUUCCAGAUAACCAGUUCACGGAUGCCAAAACAGAACCUUGGGAGGGAAAUUCCAGCACUGCAGCAACCACUCCAGAAACCUUCCCUCCUUCAGGUAAUUCUGACUCAAAGGACAGAAGAGAUGAGACGCCAAUUAUUGCAGUGAUGGUGGCCCUGUCCUCUCUGCUAGUGAUCGUGUUUAUUAUCAUAGUUUUGUACAUGUUAAGGUUUAAGAAAUACAAGCAAGCUGGGAGCCAUUCCAAUUCUUUCCGCUUAUCCAACGGCCGCACUGAGGAUGUGGAGCCCCAGAGUGUGCCACUUCUGGCCAGAUCCCCAAGCACCAACAGGAAGUACCCACCCCUGCCAGUGGACAAGCUGGAAGAGGAAAUUAAUCGAAGAAUGGCAGAUGACAAUAAGCUCUUCAGGGAGGAAUUCAACGCUCUCCCUGCUUGUCCUAUCCAGGCCACCUGUGAGGCUGCUUCCAAGGAGGAAAACAAGGAAAAAAAUCGAUAUGUAAACAUCUUGCCUUAUGACCACUCUAGAGUCCACCUGACACCAGUGGAAGGGGUUCCAGAUUCUGAUUACAUCAAUGCUUCAUUCAUCAAUGGCUACCAAGAAAAGAACAAAUUCAUUGCCGCACAAGGACCAAAAGAAGAAACGGUAAAUGAUUUCUGGAGGAUGAUCUGGGAACAAAACACAGCCACCAUCGUCAUGGUUACCAACCUGAAGGAGAGAAAAGAGUGCAAGUGCGCCCAAUACUGGCCAGACCAAGGCUGCUGGACCUAUGGGAAUAUUCGGGUAUCUGUAGAGGAUGUGACCGUCCUGGUGGACUACACAGUACGGAAGUUCUGCAUCCAGCAGGUGGGCGACAUGACCAACAGAAAGCCACAGCGCCUCAUCACUCAGUUCCACUUUACCAGCUGGCCAGACUUUGGGGUGCCUUUUACCCCGAUCGGCAUGCUCAAGUUCCUCAAGAAGGUGAAGGCCUGUAACCCUCAGUAUGCAGGGGCCAUCGUGGUCCACUGCAGUGCAGGUGUAGGGCGUACAGGUACCUUUGUCGUCAUUGAUGCCAUGCUGGACAUGAUGCAUACAGAGCGGAAGGUGGACGUGUAUGGCUUUGUGAGCCGGAUCCGGGCACAGCGCUGCCAGAUGGUGCAAACAGAUAUGCAGUAUGUCUUCAUAUACCAAGCCCUUCUGGAGCAUUAUCUCUAUGGAGAUACAGAACUGGAAGUGACCUCUCUAGAAACACACCUGCAGAAAAUUUACAACAAAAUCCCAGGGACCAGCAACAAUGGAUUAGAGGAGGAGUUUAAGAAGUUAACAUCGAUCAAAAUCCAGAAUGACAAGAUGCGGACUGGAAACCUUCCAGCCAACAUGAAGAAAAACCGAGUUUUACAGAUCAUUCCAUAUGAAUUCAACAGAGUGAUCAUUCCAGUUAAGCGGGGCGAAGAGAAUACAGACUAUGUGAAUGCAUCCUUCAUUGAUGGCUACCGGCAGAAGGAUUCCUAUAUUGCCAGCCAGGGCCCUCUUCUCCACACAAUUGAGGACUUCUGGCGAAUGAUCUGGGAGUGGAAAUCCUGCUCUAUCGUGAUGCUAACAGAACUGGAGGAGAGAGGCCAGGAGAAAUGUGCCCAGUAUUGGCCAUCUGAUGGACUGGUGUCCUAUGGAGAUAUUACAGUGGAACUGAAGAAGGAGGAGGAGUGUGAGAGCUACACCGUCCGAGACCUCCUGGUCACCAAUACCAGGGAGAAUAAGAGCCGGCAGAUCCGGCAGUUCCACUUCCAUGGCUGGCCUGAAGUGGGCAUCCCCAGUGAUGGAAAGGGCAUGAUCAGUAUCAUCGCCGCCGUGCAGAAGCAGCAGCAGCAGUCAGGGAACCACCCCAUCACCGUGCACUGCAGCGCUGGGGCAGGAAGGACGGGGACCUUCUGUGCACUGAGCACCGUCCUGGAGCGUGUAAAAGCAGAGGGGAUUUUGGAUGUCUUCCAGACUGUCAAGAGCCUGAGGCUACAGAGGCCACACAUGGUCCAGACACUGGAACAGUAUGAGUUCUGCUACAAGGUGGUGCAGGAAUAUAUUGAUGCGUUCUCAGAUUAUGCCAACUUCAAGUAGGCGGCAACAAGGGCCCAUGGACCAGAGGGAUUGCCUUUAAUAUUUUGUAAUAUUCUGUUUUGUUAAUAUACCCCAAAUUGUGUAUAUAUCUUAUAACUGUUUUAGAAAUUGGUACAUAGGCUUCUAUUACCUAUUAGGUGGAGAUUUUAUAUGUAAAUGUGUUAGCACUGAUAGUCCUUUUUCCAAUGUUUUAUUGGGGAAUUAAAUAGUGUGAUGUUUGGAUUGAUAUCGUGAAACCCUCAGCCAGGAAAUUGGGCUGGAUUGUUCUUUGGUUAAUACAUCUUUCCCUAAAGAAGAUAAACAAAAUCCAUUCCAGGUAGCUCAGCACCAACUAAGAAAAAAAAGCACAAAGUUCUCAGAGCUCUCGAGAAAAGUGGUUGUCCCCAUGCCACCAUGCACUGUAAAUAUCCCUCCCCUCUCUCCCUGGCCCCCUCCCCUGCCCCCAUCACCUACAUCGUGGGGAGUAAUGGGACCAGAGCGGUAUCUCUGGCACCACACUAGGGACUAUCAGGUAAUAAAAGCUUUGACUCCCUGAGGAAA